AUGGAUUCUCAUCCGUUCACUACAUUGCUGACACAUGGGAUUAACACGACAGCGUUUCAGUCUCCUAUGUAUGAAUCGAAUGAAUGUUAUGUAGCUGGCUACACACAACAGACAUUUCAUGGCCAUGGUGGAGAAUCAAGUUCACGUGGUGGAUACGAGACUGAAUUUCACAAUAACAUCGAAGAUGUGCCCACCUACAGUUAUCAUACCACUCAAGUUGAAGUUGCUGGUAAUAUGGCUGAAACGGUUAAUUCUGUGCAGUUUGCUGACAGUGACAUUAACUUCAACACUAAGUUCAAAAAUAAGGAGCUCAAACAACUUCUAUGGAAAGCAGGGAGUGCUCAUCAACGACGGAAGUAUAAUGGUUACUUACAACAAAUACAGGCUAUUGACCAGGAAGCCAUUAAUUGGGUUUACAAGAUGAAUCCUGAGGAGUGGGCCCUUUCGUAUGACGGUGGACAUCGGUGGGGGGUAUUGACCAGCAAUGAUGCAGAGUGCUUCAAUAGCGUCUUGAAAGGUGCAAGGAACUUACCUAUCUCAGCUAUGGUUGAAUUUACAUUUCGGCGGCUCGUAAAAUAUUUUGACGAGAUGGGAGCCCAAGCUGAAAUAGAUGUACGAAAUGAGUUUCAAUACCCUAGAGAUAUGCAAAAAACUAUUGAGGAUGGCAUCGCAAGGGCAAAUACUUUCAGGUUGAUAUCAUAUGACAGGCCACGCCGCGUGUUUGAGGUGCAAACAUUUUUUCGCCAUGGACGAGGUCGCAAUACACAAAUUGUGCGGAUGAAUCAACCCACGUGCAGUUGUGGAAAAUAUGAGAUACGACAUUAUCCAUGUUCUCAUAUGCUCGCUGUAAUGUCUGAAUGCGGUGACAAUCCAUUCGAGUACGUUGAUCUAGUAUAUAGGCUUCCUGUAUACAUGAGGGUUUGGGAAACUAAAUUCAAUCCAAUACCGCAUCAAGAUUAUUGA